UUGUGACCCGUUUUACCAGCCACCUUCAAUAGUUUUGUGCCCUUUACAUGUGGAACACUUACUACUCAGCCUUGUGUCCUCUCAAAGCCACGUCGAAUUUGCUAGCAAAGGUUUACGUACGAGGAAUCAACAUUCUUUAGAGAAUUAGGAAGAGAGUUUAGAUCGUAAGAGAGACAAGGAGAUGGCAAGAUUGUCAUUUUUUGUGUCUGUGUUUGCGUUUGUUUUGGUUAUUGCCACACAAGCCAGACCAAACAAAAGGUUUGAAGAUGAAGACUACGUUAGUGACAUCGUAAAGAAAGGCGAUAUAACAAAAGGAUCAAGUAAGACAGCAUCAGAUUCAAAGAAAGCAAACAAGAAACAGUUUGUGAUCGAUGCCAUUCACCACGGUCCAUACCAUGGUGGUCACUCCUGGGGAACCACUUCUCUGUGGCCUGGACACGGUAUUUUUCCUGGCCAUGGUUUCGCUGCUUCGCUCGGGGGAGGUUGGUCAGGCUAUCCCAGCUUUAGUCACUACAAAUCCAAAGUACCAAAAGGCAAAAAAUCUGAGGUCAAGUCUUCUGCAGCCUUGAGUAAACGAUGGUGGCCUGGGUACAGUGGUGGUUGGGGAGGUUGGGGCUUGGGUAAUGCUGGAUAUCCCGGAUGGGGAACGGGAUUUGGGUAUGGAGGGCCAGGAAUUGGCUAUGGUGGCUUCGGUGGAUAUGGAUAUGGUGGCUUUAGUCCUGCGUUCAUUCGGUCUGCAAUCCCCGCACCAGGAGCUGAGAUUGUAGGCAGUAAGAGAUGGUGGCCAGGAUAUUCAGGUGGUUGGGGUGGAUGGGGAGUUGGUAAUUCGGGAUAUCCUGGGUGGGGAUCAGGAUGGGCUCACGGAUGGGCUAACCCGGGCCCUAUUGGAUGGGGUGCAGGACAUGUAGGUGCAGGUCAUGGAUUCUAUAGAUCAAAUAUCCCGGAGGGUCCAGGAGGUGCAUCUCCAGUGACGAGGAACUUUGUCGAUGGGUAUCAUCCUGGAGUAUAUGGAUGGGGAGGUGCAGCCUACGGAGGUUAUGGACCGGGACUUUAUGGUGGUCUAUACGGCGGUCCAGAUCCAUAUCCUGGGUCUUAUGCAGGAUCAUACGCACAUGGGCCAUUUGGACCCUGGGGAUUUGGUGGAUUCUACCCUACUUCAUUCCCUAACACCUUUAUGGGCCCUGCUGAAUUUGGUCCCUUUGGGAACCCUUCAGUAUUUGGUCCCUUCCGUCGAACAAACGUGUCGCCAAACAAACAAAGCAAGAAGGACGAAAACCCCCAAAGUAGGCAGGUGAUUGGCUAUCAUCCUGGGUGCUAUGGAUGGGGAGGGGUGGUAUAUCCAGGCUGUGGUUGUGGGUUUGGAUAUGGUGGUGUAGGGUAUGGUGGUUGCGGUGGUUGUGGUGGUUGCGGUGGUUGUGGGGAAUGUGGAGACUGUGGCUGCCGUUCAAAGACACCUAAGAAACAAACCGAUAAAGAUGUUCCGGCAAAAGCUCGCCAAGAGAUCGAAAGCCCAGGGAAUGAAGCUGGUGGACAAAGCUCGUUAUUUGGGAACACAUUCGACGGUGCUGGUAUGACAAGCCUUGGAGGAAAUGACGCAACCACCGCCAUUCCUGGAAUACAAAACGACCUGACACAGCAGAUAGAGAACUCUAAAUCACAGUUCCCCGAAUAUUCGGCACAAUAUUCAACAGAGGACACCAACAACCCCGGAGAACUGAUCCAGAAUUUCCAUCUUAAUCCUGAAGGGGAAGGUCAAAAUCUAGGCGACGCAGGAAACCCGCCAGCAGAUGAAGGAAACGGCUUUACGACAAUGGGUGAAAUGCAAUCCAGAAGAACAAACAUACCAAAUCAGGAGGGUGCCAGAGCGACCAAGAAACAGUCAGUAGCUUAUCCUAUCCCAUUGGGACAGAAUAUAAUGCCCUUGUAUAAUACGCUGGCACAUCCAAUCGUACCUCUUCAGCAUUUUGCUGCAGUCCCUCACUAUCCCCUGGGUUACGCCGCAGCUUUGAUCCCACAGUACCAUCCAGCCCACAACAUCCAUGUUGGAUCACCGAGCGUUAAUGUUGAUGUGCAGACAACUCGAGAACAUGUGGCCAAAAAUCCUGAAAAUGAAGAAAAGUCUAAAGGAAAGCUUCGUCGACUGGUGAGAGAUUUGACUGAAAUACUUGAAAAGAAAAGUGAAACAAAGGCCAAGCGACAACUCCCACCGAACCUGUACAGAACCCAGCGCUUCGUAGCACCAUCAACUAGAUAUUAUGUACCAAACUCUGGAGGAAGACCAUAUGAUGCAAGACCGCGAUAUUACAUUCCAAGUGUAGCCAACAACGUCGUGGGCCAACCACGCGGCAGGUUUUCAAUGCCAAACCAAGCAUUGUGGCGUAGCAUGCCAAGUCAAGCAUUCCAGAGUCGUGCACCAUAUACAAUGCAGCAGCAAAGUGCAAUGCAAGCCAUGCAGCGAUCUGCCAUGAAUCAGUUCAGAGAUCCCCCUCCACUUACCACCAGCCAGAUUGCCAAGAUGGCGGGAAUAAGUGUUCCAAUUGCCAUACAGCCAGGUACAGGGCUUAUCGGGUUAAACAAGAGAGGAAAACGUACAACGAAGAAGAAGACCAAAUCCACCAAAAGCCAAAAGCGGUUUUUCCUUGCAUCUCCAUUUGGUGGGCAAAUGCUUUCAGGAAUGCAAUUGGCGCCCGCGAUUCCUAUGGCCAGUUAUGCACCACAACAACCUGUUUCCCAUAGCCCAUUCCUUAUUCCGUCACCAGCUGGUGUAAGCCCAAUUUUCCAUCAACCUCUCACUGCCUAUCCUGCUGCAGCAUUAUCAGAAUCCCGUGCGCCAAUGGGAGUUCCAUAUUUUUCGGGCGUUAGAUUACCACCUCCUCAAAACCCGGUUCCUCUCUCUACUUCUGGUAUACUGUCUCAAUCAAUGCCUGCCGUAUCAAGACAAGGUGUGCCCAAUCAAAACCCUUCAGAUAUAAUGCGAAACUGGUUUUCCUCGCCCAUGCAAGAGAGCCAAGCAUUCACGAGUCAAGGAUCCCCAGAGUCUAAUGUUCAGAGUUCAGACAAUGGUUUAUCGUCUGUGCUUGGGGGUCAAAUGUCGCCUGAACAAAACUUCAUCAUGCAGCCUGAACAACCUAUGCAAGCCAACCCACAAAUGCGUUCUAGUCUGCAAAUGCAAUCCAGUCCACAAGUGCAAGGAACGCCCCAAAUGCCUUUACUACAACAAAGAUUUGCGUCCGUUUUGCGACAGGGUUUUGGAAGCAAGAAGUCUGCAGUUCCAAGUAAAAAGACAAAGCACCAAUAAUGAAAAAAAUAGCGUAAAUUAAUAUAUAUAACAAAUACAUAUACAAAAAAUAUCACAAAAAUAUCACUCAUCUCUUCUAGUUGGAGGGAGAAAGCUAGUUGACACAUUUCGUCAUGAAAUACGAAUGAAUUUGUAUUGGUUAAUAAUGAUUUAUUAUUUAUUAGUAAAUGUAUAUCUUUAAGAGUAGAUAAAACAUAGAGUUGUUUUCGUAUGAGAGGGAAACAUAUGUUACUGACAUACAGAAAGUGGAUGUUACGACAUGCCGUAACAUUAAAAUGGCUUCUCAUUGUCUUCCCGUACUUCAUCCAAUCAGAACACGUAGUUACGGUUACGGUAAUUUUGCCCUAUAGUUUCCCACUCAUACGAUAACCGCUCUACAAGAGAAAAUGAACCAAGAGAAGAAAUAUCUGGAAUUGAUGCUUUUAACCCUCAUAUAGGCACUGUUUGAUCUUAUUUCUAGGAUCACAUUUGUAGCCAUCGUUUGCUUUUCUGCACGCGCGUCGCGUGGUGCACUUAGAGUGAUAGAGCACGGGGAUUCUAAGUCUUUUCUAUUGCUCUAUUAAUAUCUUUGGCCAGUUUAUAUCUUAUGUACACGAUGUAGCUUGAAUGAAUUCAACAUGGUAGAUCGAUGUUCCUAUUGCAAAGUUAAACAAUAAAAUAAACUUGUUUGGUAUA